GACACUCAGCUCUUCGUCGCUCGUCAUCGCGUUUUUAAUGUUUGUGUGGUAAAUAAACAUGUGUGUAGUGUCAUUACAUAGACAGUGUGUGUUAUAACUCAUAUUAAAGUUGUUUUGUGAGCGUUAUAAUCCGCUGUUUUAGCUUGUUUCUGCGUGUAAACAUGUCUGGACCGAACGGAGAUCCCGAUAUUUCAGCUGAAGGAAUAAUCGAGGAUGAAGAUGAGUUCAACGAAGAAGAGUACGCAGCCAUCGACUCCAUGCUGGACCAGAUCAACUCCUGUCUGGACGACAUCGAGGAGCGAAACGAUGCUCUGAACGGGAAACUGCAGGAGCUGCUGGAGUCCAACAGAGCGGCGCGCAGAGACUUCAGACAGCAGAUCACGGACCAUGCAGAUCUUCCUCCUCCUGCUAAUGAUGAUGAAGAUGAACAGUCCAGGGACGCACAGAAGAAAGACUAAAGGAAUGUCUCUGUCUGACACCUGCAGCUGGACCAAAACUGUGUGUUAUGUGUGUGUGUAUUUAUUAAAUGUUGUGUAUGUCCAAGAUGUAUUAAUUUAAAUACUGUGAUUGAAGUCAGGUGCAUCUUUAAAAUGGCUGUAAUGCACAGGAUUACCAGCGCUCUGGAGUACUUGAUUUUGAGAUAAUCUAUUUAUAGAUAUAGAUAAGUGCAGUCUGAUUAAUCAAAUCCAAAAUAAAAGUUCAUAUUUACAAAAUAUACUUGUGCAUACUGUGUAUAAAAAUAGAUGUAUGACUAUAUUGUGUGUGUGUAUGUGUAUAUAUAUUAAAUAUAAAUACAAAUUGCAAAAAUUUGUUGUA